CGGCCGGUGGUUCCCGGUUCCGCCAGCGGGAUGCAGCAUUGGACGCGUUUUCCCGAAGAGAGCGGAGCGCGGAAACCGGAAACCGGAGAGAGAGAGUGAGAGAAAGAGAGAAAGAGAGAGAGAGGAGGAGGAACCGGGAUCGAGUAAAGUGACCCGCUGGUUCCUACGGACUACCGUCGAUCCGGUGAGGAGCGCCGAGACUCUUACCGGAAUACAGCGAUCACCGAUCUCGCCACCGAACUCACACCGCGCCGCUUUCAUUUCAGUUAGUUGUUUGCGUGUCGUGAAAGAGAAUAAUCGCACUUUAUAAACGCGGAAAACAUGGACGGAUCACCGGGCACCGACACCGACAGGAGCCGCGCGCUCCGCAGCGGAACACCGACGCGACGCAGACGCAGAUCCGACGCUCUGCUGGCCAUCUUCAUCAUCAUCAGUCUCGAAGUCUUCAUCAUCCAGGCGUCUUCGCUUCAUUUCUCAGAAGAGCCCCAAUCUCAGGACGCGUUACAUGGCCGCAGUGCUAUCCUGCGCUGUGAGCUCAGCGGCCCGGAGGACAUGCGCUACUGGUGGACGCAGGACGGCCGUCGCGUGCAGGACUCGAACCGCCGCUUCCAGGAGGGCAGUAACCUGAAGUUCACGGCGGUGGACCGUCACACAGACACCGGCAGCUUCCAGUGUGUGGCGUCCAGCAGCUCCACCGGAGAGACCGUGACCUCCGCCAACGCCUCCAUCAACAUCAAAUGGCUGGAGAGGGGGCCAAUUACAAUGAAUGAACCCGCCUCAGAGGCGGAGCUAGAGGAAGCUGAGCGAAUCGUGCUGCAGUGUCACAUUGAUGGACAUCCACGGCCGAGCAGUAAAUGGUUCAAAGAUGAAACUCCGCUUGACAGAAAGGACCGGAUCCUGACGCUGACCAACCUCAGCACUGGGGAUUCUGGGAUAUACUCCUGCUGUGCUCAAAAUGCUGCUGGAAAAGUGUGCAGUAACAACAACAUCACCCUCAAUAUUUUUGAUAAGUCGGUUCCCCGUGUGCUGGUGUCUCCGGUGGAUCAGGUGGUUUUGGGUAACGAGGAGGCCGUGUUUCACUGUCAGUUCAGAGCCAAGCCGCCGCCGCUGAUCGAGUGGUUCCACGACGCAGAACCCGUCGUCAACAAAUCACGGGUUGUGGUGUACGCUAACGGUACACUGCACAUCAGUCAGGUGAAGCAGCGCAGCACAGGUGUGUAUAAAUGUGUGGCUCUGUACGGAGAAAACAAACAAGUACAUGUGGAGGCAGCGCUCAGGAUCGCAGAGAUCGGAGAUAUGGGCGAGCGCAUGCACCGUGUUUUCUCGGCGGGCCGCGGUGCGCAGGUGCGCUGUGAUCCGCCGCGGGGUCAGCCGGAGCCGCAGGUGUGGUGGGAGCGUGCGGGAGCUCGUGUGGCGUCUGAGGGUCGAGUCCAUCAGCGGGACGGAGAUCUGAUCUUCAGCCCCACGGACCGAUCAGACUCGGGCGUCUACACGUGUGUCGCCCGCAACACAGCCGGACAGAAGCAGCAGGAGCUCCUCGUCACCGUAGCCACCUCUCCAGAAUGGAUCGUUCAGCCGCAGGACACACUCAUGGAGGAGGGUCAGCCGGGUUUCUUGCACUGUCAUGCACAAUCCACGCCUGAACCACGGGUCACAUGGUUCCGCAAGAGCGUCGCGAUCACUGAGGAGGGCUCUCGUUACAAGCUCUUCUCUAACGGGACUCUGAGGAUCAACAGCGCAGAGGUGAACGACGCACAGACGUACAACUGUGUGUGUGUGACGGAGGCCGGAUCGCUCCAAGGACACGCGCGGGUUCACAUACUGGAGAAGCUGAAGUUCACCCCCGUCCCGCAGCCGGCGCAGUGUCUGCAGCUGGACCGAGAGAGCAGCGUGAGCUGUGUCGCUAAAGGACAAGAGACGCCGGUCAUACACUGGAGCAGAGCAGACGGCGCUGAUCUCCCGUCUCACGCCAGCCAGAUGAACGGACUUCUGCGCUUCAGUACAGUGACCCGCGCCGAUGGAGGAAACUACACGUGUGUGGCGUCCAGCAGCACGCAGGGAGAGAUACGAGCGCACGUCCAUCUCACUGUAGGAGUUCACGUGGAGUUUAAGCUGGAGCCGGAGCAGACCACGGUCUAUCAGGGUCACACGGCCGUGCUUCACUGUCAGGCGUCAGGUGACCCGCAGCCGUACGUCCAGUGGAUGGUCAAAGACAAACUGCUCAGCAGCAGCAGCUCCAGCAGGUUUCAGAAGAUGCCCAACGGCUCUCUGGUCAUUAGUGACGUGACCACUGAGGACACAGGUGUGUACAGCUGCAUCGCAGGAAACACCUGCAACAUCAGAGACACGGCAGCGCAGCUCUAUGUCGUGGAGAAGCCUGUGCACCCGCGCAGUGAAGACGAGGAUAAGAGUCAGUUUAAGAUGUUCCAGACGAUCGCGCUGUCGGUGGCCGUGGCCGUGGCGUACAUCAUCGCUGUGCUGGGACUGAUGUUCUACUGCAAACAGAGACGCAAGAACAAGCGUCUGCAGAAGAACCGCGCCGGAGAAGAGCCCGAGAUGGAGUGUCUGAACGGUGGCGCUGUUCAGCUGAAUGGCCACAGGAUGUCUGAGAUCCAUGAAGAAGUGGCUUUAACCACCAUGGGACCUUCAGCAAACUCAGAGAAACAGCAGAGCUGCAGUGACAAACUGCACUUUCCCAGAGCGCACCUGCAGACCAUCACCACACUGGGUCGUGGCGUGUUCGGCGAGGUGUUUCUGGCUAAAGCGAGAGCGAUAGAGGAGGCAGAGCCGGAGACGCUGGUGCUGGUCAAGAGUUUAGAGAGCCGAGAGGAAACGCUCCGAACCGAGUUCAGACGCGAGCUGGAGAUGUUCAGCAAACUCAAUCACGCUCACGUUGUACGACUGCUGGGAAUCUGCAGAGAGACACAACCACAUUACAUGAUCCUGGAAUACGUGGAUCUGGGAGAUCUCAAACAGUUCCUCAGGAUAUCAAAAAGCAGCGAUGAGAAACUCAAGCCGCAUCCCAUCAGCACUAAAACUAAAGUCUCCAUCUGUGCUCAGGUGGCUCAUGGGAUGAAGCAUUUAUCAAACAAGGGUUUUGUGCAUAAAGACCUGGCGGCCAGGAACUGUCUGAUCAGCGGUCAGAGACAUGUGAAGGUGUCUGCGCUCAGUCUCAGCAAAGACGUCUAUAACAGCGAGUACUAUCAGCACAGGCAGGUGUGGAUCCCGCUGCGCUGGCUGUCGUCUGAGAGUGUGUUUGAGGGCGAGUUCUCCAGUAAGGCAGACGUCUGGGCGUUUGGGGUGCUGAUGUGGGAGGUGUUCAGUCUGGGCGAGCUGCCGUACCCUGCGCUCAGUGACCAGCAGGUGCUGGAAGGUCUCCAGGCUGGGAAUCUGCAUCUGUCUCCUCCGGUGAACUGUCCUGCUCACGUCUGCAGUCUGAUGAGCCGCUGCUGGGCGUCCAGUCCUAAAGAACGGCCCACGUUCAGCGAGAUCCUUCAGAUUCUGACUGAUACUCCCGCAGACAUCAAAGUCUAGAGGAUCAAGACUGCAAUCAGAGACUCAAUCACACACAUUUCAGACGUGAGAGUCUGCUUCGAGACUCGCUCAGGAUCAAACACGCUUCUGUCCCAUUAAUGAUCUGUUUACGCUUCUGUAGAAGCUCCUUCCUCUCGCUGGAGCCUCAGGGACCCCGAGGAUGACCUUUGACCUCUGCAGCGCAGGACAAUCGCAGAUCCGUCAGGUUACAGACGCAGGAGGAGGUACUUCACACACAUGAUGCUGGAAUCACGUCACGCCUGCGGCUCUCGUCACGCACUGGAAUCAGCAGUGCACAUACAGUCGAGUGUGUGUGUGUGUGUGAGUGCAUGUGUGUGUGUGUGUGUGCGUAUGUGCACUUGUACAGCUAUCUUUGUGAGGGCCGGUUUGAGUUUUAGACCAUCGGAGUGAGGACAAUCUUGUAAAGUGAGGACAUUUUGGCCGGUCCUCACUUUCUGGGACCCCUUUAAAGGCCUGUUUGAGGGUCAAGACUUGGUUUCAGGGGUCAGGUUAUAAUUGGGUAAAGGGUAGGUUUCGGGUGAGGGUUUGGGUGAGGCACUUAGUUCUGAAGGUUAGGGUCAGGAGCUGGAGAUCGCAUCGUGUCAAUGCAUGUCCUCACAAAGAUAGCUAUACAGAGUUGUGUGUGUGUGUGUGAUGACAGAGAGAUUGUUGUGAAUGAUAAUAUGAUCUUUGUUUCUCUGAGGUGCUCACAGGUGACUGUUAUUGUAAUAAAUAAAUAUGCAACGCCUCAGAUUGUAAACAUUUCUAAGCCAUGAUUAAUCACACAUUAUUGUAAUUCCCAGUUCACUGUCCGUCUCUGCAGAAUCCCUCUGGAUUGUUUUUCUCAAACACACCUGACAAACUCAGAUGAUGCACAGAUUACGCUUCAGACUUUAGGUGUCAUGCUGAUGUGUUGUGAUUAGAUCAGCGGUUCUCAACCAGGUCCAGUAGGGGGUCUCAAAAACAUUAUUUAAAAUAAGACAAAAUAAGCAUUAAAACAGCUAAUAAUCAAGCUAUUUUUAUUUAAAUUCACCACUUUAACAACACUUUAAAAAUAGCUUUUGUGUUACAGCAGGUAUUAUUGUGACUGUCGUGAAGGUUGAGGAGCGCUGAUGUGUGAUGUUUGAGGACUGUGUGAGUUGAUGAAGGGUUUGUGUGUGUUUGUGUGUGCGGUAGAAACACACCCUGGACUGUUUUCUUCAGGUGAACGGAUAAAAAUAACAGGUCAACUCUGACUUUUACAAAUAAAAGUGCCUAGAACAUGAAGGACUUAUUUGCUGUUUUUUUACAGUAUCUUUUGUAAUGCGGUUAAUGCUUGUUGUUUUUAAGAACUGCUUUUAUAUUAUCUUUUCAUAUGUAUUUUUAUUAUUAUUGUUGUUGUUAUUUGUUUUUAAUCUCUGUGGAUCAUCGUCAUGGUUAUCUUUAGGCAAGCUCUCACACCGUGAUGCUUUUAUAUUCUGCUUUAUAAAGGUCACAGUAAUCCAGAUGUAAUGCUGCUCUCAUUAAACAGUCAUGUUUUUAACAGCCUCGCUGCAUCUGUGCUCCAUAACAUCAGCUGUUUGAAGAAUCUUUUCUGUUUCUUCAUGUAUAAUUGGGUCAAAUGAAGCGCCAAAAACUAAAUGGUAAAACUAUAGUAUUUAAUGAUGAUAAUAUUCAUGCACCAGGUAUUUCCAUCAUGUUUAUUCAAUGAUAAUCAUAGUAAAUCUCCCAAAAGCAUUGACACUUUUUGGUAGUGUUUUCCUCUGAUAAAAGGACACAAGCAUCAUUACUUUGAAGGAAUAGUUCAGUCAGAAAUUAAA